AUGGCCGACCCAUAUAUUUCGCGGAAGGAGGCACGCUCCUCAUGGAGACCGUAUAACGCUUUAAUGUCCCCGGGCCUCAAGCGUGCCCGCGAGCCCUUCCGCAUCCGCAACGCAGUGACCGGGAUCCUGAUCGCGUCAUUUGCGGUCGGCGUGUGGGCUUAUUCCAUCAGUGCAGUGAAGCAGGACGUGUUCGACGACGUGGACGAGGAGGCGCGCUCUCUUCGCAGCGCGCGGAUAAAGAGCCUGGAGGACCAGGAGGCCGUGCGGACUCUGGAGAAGGAGGCGACGAGGGGUGUCGUGGCGGUUGAGCCGCCCAUAGCGCCGCAGGUGCAGGAGCAGACAGCACCUACGCUGCCAAUACCAUCGACCUCGGGAGGGUUGGCUACUGCAGGGAGAGGGUUACUGCCUAUGUUACUUGACCAACAGUUCCCUCGCCUGUUGGAUCCAUCUAGCAAAACUCUUGUCUGGGGUGCCCCGCCAGUGGAUAGGAUAGGCAAAAUGAAGGACCCAUAG